AAACCAAAAUAUAAUAUGGUUGACACGAUUUCCAUUCAGAAAUUGGUGCACUUCCACGAUCACUAAGAUAAUUGGGAUCCACUUCAUUUGUCACUAUCGGUCCCAGUGAAAAUUUGAUGGAAAAUCCUAAGCUGGUGAGCUCGAGCCUUUAAACCCUAAGGGCUUAUAGCUUAAAGGUUGUAUUAUGUUGUAAAGAACUGUAAGAGUGAGAAGCAAAUGGCGUCUAAGUCUCUGCUGCCAACAUGCAGCAACUUUCAUGUUGUUAGUGGCGGACCUGCCCUUGGUUUCCUUCAUCCUAUUUCGCUUAAGAUUGCGGAUAUUUCUGUUGGAGGCAGGAGAAUUUCACCACACAAUAAACGUGGUUCUCUUCAGAUCGUUUGCUCCGUGUCCACGCCUUCUGAAUUUGCACAGGAUAAUGCUUCUGUCACCGUAAAAAAACCUUGGAAGACUUCAGAUGCUAGGCUUGUGCUCAAAGAUGGUUCUGUAUGGAUGGCUAAGUCGUUUGGUGCUUCAGGAACACAAGUUGGUGAAGUUGUGUUCAAUACAUCCUUAACUGGAUAUCAAGAGAUACUCACAGAUCCAAGCUAUGCUGGGCAGUUUGUGCUGAUGACUAAUCCACAUAUUGGCAACACAGGUGUCAAUGUAGAUGAUGAAGAAUCACAGGAAUGUUUUCUAGCUGGAUUGGUGAUUCGUAACCUGAGCAAUUGUGUCUCAAACUGGAGAUCAACAGAAUCCCUGCCAGAGUAUUUAAAAAAGAGGAAUGUUAUGGGCAUAUAUGACGUGGACACUCGUGCAAUCACUCGGAGAUUAAGGGAAGUGGGAAGUCUUAUAGGAGUUCUGAGCACCGAUUCUUCAAAAUCUGAUGAUGAACUUUUGAUUAUGGCUCGCCAAUGGGACAUUAUAGGCAAGGAUUUGAUUCAAGAUGUUACAUGUACACAGCCAUAUGAAUGGAAAGAUACAACAGGUGAAGAAUGGGAUUUUAACACAGAUGGAAAGGUUUCUGACAAAUUGCAUGUUGUUGCAUAUGACUUUGGGAUAAAACAUAAUAUCCUUAGGCGGUUAGCUUCAUAUGGUUGCAAGAUCACUGUUGUGCCUUGCAAAUGGCCAUCUUCGGAAGUUCUGAAGCUGAAGCCUGAUGGUGUAUUGUUCAGCAAUGGGCCAGGUGACCCUUCUGCAGUACCUUAUGCUGUAGAAAAUGUUAAAAUUGUGCUUGGUAAAGUUCCAGUGUUUGGAAUUUGCAUGGGACACCAACUCCUUGGCCAAGCAUUAGGCGGUAAAACUUUCAAGAUGAAAUUUGGCCAUCAUGGAGGCAAUCAUCCUGUGCGCGAUCUGCGGAGUGGAAGUGUUGUUAUUAGUGCUCAAAAUCACAACUAUGCAGUUGAUCCUGCUACACUUCCAGAAGGCGUAGAAGUGACACACAUUAACCUAAAUGAUGGAACUUGCGCUGGUCUAGCGUUCCCUGCAUUGAAAGCAAUGUCUCUCCAGUACCACCCGGAAUCAUCUCCUGGUCCUCAUGACUCUGAUCCUUCAUUUUUCGAGUUUGUACAGUUGAUGCAGGAAAACAAGAAAACACCUGUGAUUAGUUAAUGACUUUGGUUCAUGAUUUUUGCAUGAACGACCUAUAUAUUUCUAAUAAUGUAAUCGUUGACAUUUAUAUUUCAAAAUACAGAUGAAUCCUGAUUGCAAAGGCAUCUGUUAUGAAAUUGAAGUUCAAAGGGGAAAUGAGCGGAAAAAAAUAAUUUCCUCUGUACCUCAAGAAUGAUUGAAGGAAGACUUUGUGUUGCAAGUAUGCUUAACCUGUCUUAAAAUAUGAUGUGUUUGGGUUGGCUGUAAA